CACAUACCUUAAACCUUGUUGUGUAGCCAAGGAUAGUCUUGAACUUCUUCUGCUCCUCUUGCCUCUACCUCCCAAUUGCUAAGACUAUAGGUAUCCAUCAGUGUGCUCAAUUUAUAUGAUGCUAAGUACCAAACAAAAGGCUUCAUCAAUGCUAGGCUAGCACUCCACCAACUGAGCUAGCUCUCUAGCUACUCUCAGCCUUUAAACAUGUACUUCAUUUAUUUGGGUGGGGGGAGGCAACACACACAUGUGCCACAAUGCACAUGUGGAGGUCAGAGAAGAACUUAAGUGAGUCAGUUAUCUCCUCCCAUCAUGUGUACCCUAGCAAUUCAAUUCAGGACAUCAGGCUUUAAAGCAAGCACCUUCCCACACUGAGCAAUGCCAUCUCCACCCUGCCCUUCUUUAAAUUUUAAUUUUGAGACAGAAUCUCACUAAAUUAGCCAGGGUAGCCUUGAACUCACACUGUAGCCUAGGCAAGCCUUGAACUUUCAUUCUGCUUGUUUCAACCUCCGAAGGAGCUAAGAUUACAGGCCUGUACCUCCCAUAGCCCUGUUUGUCUGCACAUUUUACAAAAAAAGGAAACAGUCUUAGAGGCCAAUGCUGUCUGCCCUAGGUGUGCAUAGAAUAUUGCCCAGCUGAUUGUCUUCUGUACCCCUGUAGACCCUAAGGGUUUCUUCGGAUGGCCCUCUUGGGCAAUGGGUAUGCCUGAAACACCUCCCCCCCCCCACCCCACCCGAACCCACUUCUGAAUCACUUCCCACACAAUGCCACUUCCCUUUCUCACUUCCCUUGCACUGACCUUCCACACACAUGCUGACCACAAGAACCUCACUUUUAGGAAAGAGGUGGGUUUUCAAGAAGGAAGAUAAAGCAGGUGCCCUGAUACCUUCUCCUUGAUGGACUACUUGAGGAGGGCUACCCUCAUUUCACCCUUCUUCAGCACCCCCAUUGAAGUUGAUUCAGUCACUAUAGUCAAGAUUGUGCAUUUUACAGGUAAGAAAAUGAGCCAGUUGUGGUGUGAAAUGUGUAUUCAAGGCAAGUCUGGUCUGCAAAGCAAAUUUCAGGCCUGGUAUGGCUACAUUAUAAAACCUCGUCUCAAAAAAAAAAUAGGGAAAACUGAGGCUGAGAAUUUAAAGUGACUUGUCUAAGGUCACACACCUAAGUGGUUCUUGCUUCAGACUUUCAGGCUCCAGUGCCCUUCAGUGAGAAUUUGUUUCAUAUGCAUUAACUGAAAACUAAGAGGUUUCUGGGUGGAGUGGGGUAUUAGGUGGCAAAGAUUAGGUGACAGAGCAGGACCAAGGGUGACAGGAAAUAGAGAGGGGAGAGAAGAGGAGGAGGCAGAAGGCUCAAGGGAGAGGUCAGAGCUAAAGAGGUCAUACCCUCCCAGUUCCUCCUGCCCUGGGUUCCUCUUUCCUGAGCAGAUCAGGCCAGAUUAAGGAAGGCCUCCUCUCUGUAAGAGAGGACGAAGACUAGUGUUCAAAAUGCUUGCUAGAAUGCAAGCUCCUCCAUCGCUCCUGCUGCUAUUGCUUACCCUGCCAGCCACAGGUUCAGACCCUGUGCUCUGCUUCACCCAGUAUGAGGAGUCCUCUGGCAAGUGCAAAGGCCUGCUUGAGGGAGAUGUCAGUGUGGAAGACUGCUGUCUCAAUGCUGCCUAUGCCUUCCAGGAGCACGGUGGUGGUCCCUGUCAGGCAUGCAGGUCCCCACGAUGGUCACCAUGGUCCUCAUGGGCUCCCUGCUCGGUUACAUGCUCUGAGGGGUCCCAACUGCGACACAGGCGCUGUGUGGGCAGGGGUGGGCAGUGCUCUGAGAAGGUGGCUCCUAGGACCCUUGAGUGGCAGCUACAGGCCUGUGAGGACCAGCCAUGCUGUCCAGAAAUGGGUGGUUGGUCUGAGUGGGCACCCUGGGGGCCUUGCUCUGUCACCUGCUCCAAAGGAACCCGGACCCGUCAACGAGUAUGUAAUAACCCUGCUCCUAAGUGUGGGGGCCACUGCCCAGGAGAGGCCCAGCAAUCACAGGCCUGUGACACUCAGAAGGUCUGCCCCACACAUGGAGCCUGGGCAGCCUGGGGCCCCUGGGGCCCCUGCUCAGGAUCCUGCCUUGGCGGAACUGAAGAGCCUAAGGAGACACGAAGCCGCUCGUGUUCUGCACCAGCACCUUCCCACCAGCCCCCUGGGAAACCCUGCUCAGGAUCAGCCUAUGAGCAUCGGGGCUGCAGUGGCCUGCCACCCUGUCCAGUGGCUGGUGGCUGGGGGCCAUGGGGCCCUGUGAGCCCCUGCUCUGUAACCUGUGGCCUGGGCCAGACCCUAGAACGUCGGACAUGUGAUCGCCCUGUACCUCGUCAUGGGGGCCUCUUCUGUGCUGGUGAUGCCACUCGGAACCACAUCUGUAACACAGCCACGCCUUGUCCCGUAAAUGGAGAGUGGGAAAACUGGGGAAAAUGGAGUCACUGCAGCCGUGUGAACAUGAAGUCUAUCAGCUGUGAGGAAAUCCCAGGCCAGCAGUCACGCACAAGGAGCUGUGGAGGCCGCAAGUUUAAUGGACAGAGAUGUUCUGGGAAUUACCAGCAUAUUCGACAUUGCUAUGACAUCCAUAACUGUGUCUUGAAAGGUUCAUGGUCACAGUGGAGUUCCUGGGGUCUGUGCACACCACCAUGUGGACCCAACCCCACCCGUGUCCGCCAGCGCCUCUGCACACCUUUUCUCCCAAAGUUCUCGCCUACAGUUUCCAUGGUCGAAGGUCAGGGUGAGAAGAAUGUUACCUUCUGGGGGACCCCACGGCCACUGUGUGAGGAGCUACAGGGGCAGAAGCUGAUGGUGGAAGAGAAACGGCCAUGUCUACAUGUGCCUGCCUGCAAAGACCCAGAAGAGGAGAAACCCUAAAAUCCCUUGCUUCCAUUCUGACCCCUGAUAUUCCAGACCUCAAUAAACCAGCCUUUCUCAA